UAGCUAAAUGCCGUAGCAGUUCAAGUUCUUGUGAAAUAAUGAAAUAAGAUUGUUUUUUUCUUUUUGAUACAUUUUUCAAUUAAAAAAUUAAAAUAAACAUUAAAAAUGUUUAGGUCUAUUCGGGAGUUUUCCCGAAUUCAAAACAAUAUUACAAAAAUUCUCAAUAAGUCCGUUUCAACCCUGCCGAUUCUACCAAAACAAAAUGCCAGUUUUUCCUGCACUCGAAAACAAUUUAAACUUUUCAAAUCGGAAUAUAACUCGAUUGUAAGAGUUUUAAGCAGUUCCUUUAAUCUAACACCGGCCGAAGUGCGUAGUUUCCAUAAAUCGCUGUUUUCCGGUCGCAAAAGUGACGUUCCUCGUAAUUCCAGCGACAAAGAUAGUCCCGAUAAAGGAGCAGCAUCAUCAAACAGUGGAAGCGGUAGCAGCAGCAGCAAUGGAAACAAUGGAGGAAAAAAAGAUGACAAUGAAAAUGAAAAAAUGAAAUCAGUUCUGACUAAGGUCUUCCUCUGGGUCUUUACUGUUUACAUGUUUUUGACAUUUGCAUCGCUUUUCUUCAAGAGGCCAGACAGACCAGAGACAUCAACAAGAUAUGUUUCUUGGAAUGAGUUCGUUCACCAUAUGCUGGCCGCAGGUGAGGUUAAAGAGCUCAUCAUUCGUCCAGACAUGGAGAUGGUCACCAUUAUUCUGCAUGAAGGAGCCAUUAUUAAAGGUCGACAAGUUGCUUCAUCAAUCUUCCAUAUGGCAAUUGCAGAUGCUUCGAAAUUCGAGCUAAAACUACGAGAUGUUGAAAAACGGUUAGGAAUCAAAGAAGGUGUUUCAAUAACUUAUGACAGACAAAGUGAUAUUACUGGACGAAUUUUGGUGCUUUUGGUAUUCUUUGCCCUUUUCAUGGCAUUGGCAUCUCGCAUGAAAGGAAUGAAAAGUCCAAUCAGCAUGGAUUCAUUUACUCAGAUGGGCCGAGCAAAGUUCACUCUAGUUGAUCCUUUAGAUGGUGGACGUGGAGUUCUUUUCAAAGACGUAGCUGGUCUCAAGGAAGCUAAACAGGAAGUUGUAGAAUUUGUCGACUACCUUAAGUCACCGGAAAAGUAUCAAACAUUGGGAGCUAAAGUUCCCAAAGGAGCAUUGCUGCUGGGACCACCGGGAUGUGGAAAAACCCUUCUAGCCAAAGCUGUUGCUACCGAAGCUCAAGUUCCUUUUUUGAGCAUGAAUGGCUCUGAAUUUAUCGAGAUGAUUGGUGGUCUUGGAGCAGCAAGAGUAAGAGAUCUUUUCCAAGAGGCCAACAAACGUGCUCCUUGCAUAAUAUACAUUGAUGAAAUCGACGCCAUUGGGAGAGCAAGAUCAGGUGUUGGUUCGGGAGCAGGCGGUGGCGGAGGAGGUUCUGGUGAAUCGGAACAAACAUUAAAUCAGCUUCUAGUCGAAAUGGAUGGUAUAUCGUCAAAGGAGGGUGUUCUUAUGCUGGCGAGUACGAAUAGAGGUGAUGUUCUGGAUAAGGCACUUCUUCGACCUGGACGUUUUGAUCGGCAUAUAUUGAUUGACCUUCCGUCACUGGAAGAACGAAAGGAAAUAUUCGAAAAACAUCUGUCAGGGAUCCAAUUAGAAAAUGAUCCUAGUAAAUACUCCGAACGACUUGCAAGACUGACUCCAGGCUUUUCCGGAGCAGACAUUGCAAAUGUUUGCAACGAAGCAGCCCUACAUGCAGCUAGAAGUUCCCAAAAAGUGGUUCUAACCAAGAAUCUUGAGUAUGCUGUGGAGAGACUUGUUGGUGGUACUGAAAAGCGAUCGCAUGCUUUAUCUCAAGUUGAGCGCAAGGUAAUAGCCUAUCAUGAAUCGGGGCAUGCACUUGUUGGCUGGCUGUUGCCGAAUUCGGAUGUGCUCCUCAAGGUGACCAUUGUACCGCGGACGAGUCUGGCGCUGGGUUUUGCCCAGUACACCCCGAGUGAACAAAAAUUGUUUACAAAGGAAGAACUGUUUGAUAAAAUGUGCAUGGCUCUCGGUGGGCGUGCUGCAGAAAACCUCAUGUUCAGUCGUAUAACAACCGGAGCUCAGAAUGAUCUGGAAAAGGUCACAAAGAUUGCUUAUGCUCAGAUUAAGAAAUUCGGCAUGAACGAUAUAAUUGGUCCCAUGUAUGUAACAGAUGCAGAUGAAAAUGAUAAUGGCCCGUCAGGUGAUAAGCCCUUUUCAAAAGCUUUAGAUAAUUUAAUAGACCGAGAAGCUAGAAAACUGGUUUCAGCUGCAUACGAAAAUACUGAAAAAGUUCUCAAAACCAACAGAGACAAGCUAAUUAAGCUCGCUGAAGCCUUACUGGAAAAAGAGACUUUGAAUUAUGAUGAAGUUGUAAGUUUAAUAGGACCGCCAUUACAUGAAAAGGCGAAACGUAUGAUUGAGCCAGUUGAUUUUGAAGACUCACUGAAAAACCUUAGCGGGGAAUCAACUUAAAAGAUGCGAUUACAAAAAAUAUUUAAGUGUGAUUAAGUGCUUUUUCAUAAUUUAGGUUUUAUUAUCUCUUUAAAAGAAAUGCUAAUUUAAAAUGUUUGAUGUUGUUAAAAAAAAUAUUAAAAACUUAUAAAAAACUA